UGUUACGCCAAAUCGUCUUCGUUUCCUCCUCCGACGCGUUGAGCAGGAGAAGGAAGCGACCAUGCUCGCGACCGCGAUGCUGCCGGCCGCCGUUCGCUCGGUCGACGGCCUCCUCGCGGACGGCGCGCCCGGAGCCGCAGAGGAGCUGCGGCGGCUCCGGCGGAAGCUCGACGACGCGGCGGGCCUCGCGCCCGACGCCGAGGCGAGGGAGGGACGCGACGCCAGCUCCAGGGCUUGGCUGCGGGAGCUCCGGGAUGCCCUGUACGAGCUUGGCGACGCCGACGCAGACUUUCGCCGCGCGGCCCCCUCAGGGCGGCGGCUGGAGUCCCGGAGAUCGUUUCGCCACUGGUUUAUGUUGCCACCAACUGUCAACGGGAUCCGGGACAAAACUUUGAGGACCAGUAUCACCAGCCUGAAUAAGAUAUUUGAUGCAAUUUUGAACAAGGGCUCAGAGCUUGGGCUUCUAUCAGGCAACCAGGAAAUCCUGAAUGGAAGAUCUGAAUUCACUGCAGAAGUGGUAUUGAAUGAUGAUACAGUUGGUGACAUUGAAAACAAAAAGAAUAGAUUGAUUGACAUACUGACAGACAGGCAAAGUGCUAAUAUUGUUGUCAGCAUCCUUGGGGACAGUGGAAUGGGCAAAACUAAAUUGGCAUGGGAAAUGCAUAAUGAUCACCGCACAAGAAAUGCUUUUAGCAUGAUCGCAUGGGUUAGUGUUUUCAAUGAUUUUGAUGGUAUUGGCCUACUGUCUGCAAUUGUUAGUGCCGCCGGUGGAAAUCCCAGAGGAGCAACAGACAGAAUGCAACUUGAGGCAAUCUUGGCUGCUAUGCUAAAGGGAAAGAGAUUCUUACUGGUGCUUGACGGCUUAUACGGUCAUCAUGUUUUUGAGAACUCCCUUGAUGCUCAUUGGCAUGUUUUCGGUCACGGAAGCCGAAUUUUGAUCACCACUCAGGAUGGGAGUGUCGCAACAAAAAUGAAGUCUGCUUAUGCUUACAUCUACCAAAUGAAAGAAUUAGCAUUUCAGGAUUGUUGGUCCUUACUUUGCCGUAAUGCGUGUCAUGAUCAGAGCCUUCAUGGCAACACUUUAAGGAAUACUGGAAUAAUGAUUAUCCAAAAGUGUAACAGGAUUCCAAUGGCUAUUAAGAUUAUAGCCGCUGUCCUAAGAACAAAGGAGCAGAACAAAGAGGCCUGGCAGCAAGUGUAUGAAAGCAAAGGGUGGUCUUUCAGGGACCUUCAUGAUUCUGUUGAUGGCUUAACUGGGGCCAUCUAUGUGGGCUACCAUGAUUUACCAUCACAUCUGAAGCAAUGUCUAAUUUAUUUAUCACUGUUCCCUGAAGGAUCUGUUAUGAGGCAGCAGUUUGUUUGUCAACUGUGGGUUUCAGAGGGUUUCAUUGAGGAACAAGAUAACUGCAACCCCGAAAGGAUUGCAGAGGAGUAUUACAUGGAGUUGGUAUCAAGAAAUCUUCUGAAGCCUGAAAUUGGGAACCAUGACAUGACAAGAUGCACAAUGCAUGAAAAAAUCAGAUCAUUUUUGCAGUUCUUUGCAGAAGAUAAAGUUUUCUCUGGGGACCUGAAGCCUAGUGUCAAUGGAACUUCCAGUGAAGGGCUGCGACAAGUGUGGAUUAGAAGCAACAAACCAACUACAACCUUGGAUGAAAUAGUAGCUGUGGCCAGCUUGAAGACAGUUAUUCUCUACAAGAACCCAGUGGGCAAUCAUGGCUUAGACAAGCUCUUUAAGGGGCUCAAAUAUUUGCAAGUGUUGGACCUUGGUGGUACUGAAAUUAAGUACAUUCCAACGUCACUAAAAUUUCUACUUCACCUCAGGCUCCUUAAUCUUUCCCUAACCCGGAUUACUGAGCUUCCAGAGUCCAUUGAGUGUCUCAGAAAUUUACAGUUCUUGGGUCUCCGGUACUGCAAUUGUCUGCACACUCUUCCAAAAGGGAUUGGCAAGCUGCAGAGUUUGCGAAGUCUCGACCUUCGAGGAACUAACUUACAUCAAGUUCUACCAUGUUUGGAAAAUCUUAAGCUGCUCUCCACACUACAUGGUUUUAUAGUAAACUGUACACCCAACCGUGAUGAUGAUCCUAGUGGGUGGCCUUUGGAAGACCUGGGUUCUCUAAAUGCAUUGAGGAGUCUGCAGAUACUGAGGAUGGAAAGAGUAACAGAUUGUUUGAGGAUGCAAAAAGCCAUGCUGGAUAAGAAGUCGCACCUUAAGGAGCUUGAACUACGUUGUAGCACUGAUGAUAGACAGGCCGAAGUACGAGAGGAUGAUGCUAGAACAAUAAAAGACACAUUUGAUUGCUUUUGUCCUCCGCAAUGUUUAAAAUCUCUCAAAAUGGUGAGCUACUACGCAAAACUUUGCCCUGAUUGGUUGCCUAAUCUCUCAAACCUCCAGCGGCUUGUUAUUUCUGAUUGUAAAUUCUGUGAGCGUCUGCCAGACCUGGGCCAGCUAACUGAACUAAAGUUCCUCACUAUAACUGGUUUUUCCAAGUUACUUACAAUUGAGCAAGAUCGAACAACUGGCAAUCAGGCAUUUCCUAAGCUAGAGCAGUUGCACCUUAAAGACAUGCAGAAUCUUGAAUCAUGGGUAGGAUUUUUAUCUAGUGAUAUGCCAUCCCUUGUGAAAGUUCGUCUGGACAGGUGUCCCAAGUUGAGGUACCUCCCAUCUGGCAUCAAGUACUCCAAAGUCCUGUCAAGCAUGCAUAUACACUAUGCUGACAGUCUGGAAGUCGUUGAGGACUUGCCUGUGCUCAAAGAAUUGGUUCUCCAAGCCUGCAACGAACUUACGGAAAUCUCAAAUCUUGUAUUACUUGAAGCCCUAAUAGUCAUCAGUUGCUCUAGAUUAAAGGAUGUCAAUGAAGUCCACUAUCUGAGGCAUGCCCGCAUCGAAGAUAGAGAACUAAGAAGAUUACCAGAAUGGUUGAGAAGUUGUGCCUCGGUGUUGCAAACUUUCACUGUAGUUGGUUCAGCAGAGCUACUUGAAAGACUACUUCCCAAUGGUCAAGACUGGGGAAUCAUCCGUGACAUCAAUAAAGUUUACGCAAACUUACCUGAUGAAUCUCCAUUCUUCACUUACACAAAGGACACUGCGGAUUUCCAUGUUGAUCAAAGAAUCAUAGAACAUAGCAAGCCACCUGUUUCAAUAGCAGUUGGAAAUGUGCAUGAAGCCCUGACCAUUUCACUUGGUAAUUCUGCUGACAUGGUGGGUCGAAUUGGUGUGCCUGUAGUACCUGUCAACCAAACAUCCACGUUCAAGAGGAUUAUUCGACGGUACCUUGUUCCCUACCUUGUGGUGGUUAUGUUUGUUAUGCAGGUGGUUUCCUAUUCGCUCCAGAAUAAGACGACUAGAGAGAUUUGGCUUAUCCAGACCCUAAUCACCUUCUUUGCAACAGUCCUCUUGCUGUUUCUUGUAUUUCUCGACUGAUGGUUGUCUUGUCAAAAUUAGGACAAAGUGAAAGAGAACAGGGGAAAUGAAGUCAUGAAUAUCUUGAAAAUAUUUAAGACAGAAACUGGUGAACGAUGCUCUGCUGUUGCUACAUAAUGCUGCAUAGGGUACAACUGGAGGCAUUCUUCUGUAAUUUGGUGUGCUACAUUAUGUGUGCGUAGGGAAAGGAACCGUUGAAAUAUCUUAUCUGGGAAAUACAUUUUCUGGACAAGCAGCUAUUCAGUUAGAUUGGACUUAGAUCCGUCCUACUUCCUGUAAAUAUGUGUAAUGUAUAUUCACUUGAGUGAUGCAGAUUAGCUGGUCAUGAAAUGUAUCUGAACUUGUGCAAUUUUAAUUAAAGGGCAUCAAUUUUCUUUGUGCCUUCUUUACUGGA